AUGGCCAUGCUACCCGAUCUAGUUCGAGACUCCAAACUUUCAACACAUUUUCUCGGGGCAGAAACGAUUCAUACAUACCAAGAAUCCGACCCAACCUCAGGAAAACGCCUGAUUUCUAGAACGGAACACUGGCGGCGACAUGAAAAGAUCGGAAGUGGAGCGUAUGGCAGUGUCUGGCUGGAGAAAUGUACCAAAGGCCAUCGAGACGGCGCUCGAGUCCGAGCCGUGAAACAGAGUCAUCUCGAUUCUCGGUCGGGGCCAGUCGACUAUACCCGCGAGUUGGAGGUUAUUGCCAAGUUCUCGAGCUCAAAUUAUGCGCGGUGCUUUGUCAAGUCCUUUGGCUGGUAUGAGAAUUCGGGGAACAUUUGCAUUGCUAUGGAGUAUCUUGAAAAGGGCGAUCUUCGGGAUUACUUGGAUCAUUCCCGAUCGCCUCUCUCAGAGGAUGAGACAAGCGAAAUCACGUUUCAGGUUCUUGAAGGUCUAGAUAUGAUGCACCAAAAUAGCUUUGCUCAUCGUGAUCUGAAACCCCAUAACAUCCUUAUCCAAUCACACCCACCAAGUACAUGGUGGGUCAAGCUGGCCGACUUUGGAAUCAGCAAACGUAUUGAGGAAGCAUCUGGAGGUUCAACUCUACAUGGAACUCCGGAGUACAUAGCUCCCGAAAUAUGGAAAUUGACUGGUCGGGGUAGCCCGUAUGCCCCCGAUAUAUGGGCUCUUGGGGAGACUAUAUUCCAGCUUCUCACCAAAGAACCCGCUUUUCCGAAUAUAGCAUUGCUUGUCUCCUAUGUGUCCGAUCCAGACACAUUCCCGGUCAAACCAUUCAAAAAGUCUGAGACCUCCCGGCUAGGCAUUGAAUUUGUCCGCGGGCUUCUCCAUCCUCUUCCAUCCAGCCGACCAACUGCUCCAGAGGCAAUCUCACACAAAUGGGUCAAAAUAAAAGUAUCUGAAACACCAGAUCCUCAGUCCUCACAGAUCAAUCACGCCGGUCUUGUGACCUAUUCCAGAUCUUUUGCUUCGAUGACCGAAGAGUUUGCGUCGUUGAACACAAGAAUAUCCAUCCCUGAAGGGGUAAACCCCUCGGCAAAGGCUCGUCCAUUUAUGGGGACAUUGAUAGAGCGAGAUGCUGAGUCCAAUGGGGCUGAGUGCAAUGAUGCCGAGCCCAAUGACGCAGAAUCCGAUGGUGAUGAGUCUAAUGAAACGACCAAAUUCAAGCUUGCGCUUCGAGAGCGCUCCCACGGGAGCAGCUCAUCGUUCGGUAAACUAUACCGGCGUGACGAGCUUCAGACAGGCGACGAGGAAUGGGCGUCGUAUAUCGAUUUUUCUCCGGACGGGGAAACCCUAGUAGUCGGAUCGGGCAACACGAUCAGGCUAUGGACUGUUGGGUCUCCCACCAAGAGAAUAGGGAGAUCUAUACAGGGCAAAGCUGUGCACAAGUUUGCCUUUUCGCCAGACGGCAAGUAUCUUGCUUCUGGCUCCGAAGGUGGUGCUUCAUCUGGCCUCCUCCUUCAUAUUUCCCUGUGGGAUCUCUCUUCUCUCCCACGGAUAGCACUUUUCAAACGGAUAGAAGUGUUCACAGGAUAUGGCUCAAUAUCUAAAAUGCGCACAAUACAUCUAUGCUUCUCCCCCAACGGCAAGCUUCUGGCAAGCGGAGACUCCACGGGCACUGUUCAAUUGUGGAAGGUCGAUGAUCUCGACUUUCCGCAGUAUAAAAGAUAUUGCAAGAACCUACUAGGGGUCACAUUCUUACCAGAUGGGAAGUUGUUGUUCGUUGAUUCCUCUGGCAUCAAUACCUGGCGUGAUACCGAGGACUUCGCCCGCAGAACCAAAUUCCCCCACACAAUCAGCGCAGGAAAGGUCAUUUUCUCUUCCGACAGAAAAUACUUUAUCUAUCACGUUUCCGCUACUCGAAAAAUCGAGUUUCGUUUCACUGCCACUGGAGAAUUGUUCCGAUCUAUAAAUUGCAACAUCCACGACCAGAUUCUUUCCAUGGAUCUUUCUCCCAAUGGACACAUCAUCGCAGCUACUGUCUACAAUAGGAAGCACAAAGGGUCCCAAAUGAUCAUUCUGGAUACUACUGACGGGACAGAGCUUCAGGUCGUAACAAAUGCUCAUAAGAGUGAGGCCACGGCGUUAGCGUUUUCUCCUAACAGCCAGUUACUUGCAACUGCCUGCCAUGGCGGAGUGAUUCGAACCUGGGCAAACAAGAAGGAGACAGAAAUAAGAUCGGGCCGACGAAUAGAUAUGGGAGAAGAGAUGUUAAAUCGCAGGGCAAAGAUCAUGACUCUUUUCGUGGAGUGA